CUCUCACAAGGUUUAUUGCGCAACACAAAUGGGAGAUUCCAUCGAUGGUCGUCUCCUGAAAUCUUACGGAAAUAUUACACGAAAUUUUCCGUUGAAAUGGGGUUUACCAUCCAGAAUUCGUAUAGAUAUGUGGAGAGAUAGUAACACAGGACUACUGUGAUCCACCCAACGCAUUGAAAAAGGAGAUGAAGAUGAGUGUCUUUGUGUUCACCACGAAGGUCUAUGAGUAGACGCUUCGUAACGUGCCUUCUGCUGUCUGCUGGCCUCUAAAGUUUGCCUUCAUCAACAAUUGACAGAUCUGAGCAAAUCGCUCUGCUCUUGGAACAUAACAUUGUUAAAAUCCAUUGGUGCUAAAAAGAAACCACAACUAAAAAGCAGGACGACCGUUUGCAAUUCAUAUCUGCGUCAUUUUAACCUGGAGACUGUGCCUCUGCUACCCUUUAGAGACUUAUAUUGACCAUGGAUUGCUUUGUGGAUGAAUCUGUAACUAAGUUGAGGGGCGUGGUCAAAGAUACAGGGGAGGGGUAUGAGAUGACCCUGCCCAUCGAAUGUCGAUUGACCCAGACGGGAGGGGAGGUGGAAACACUUUUGUCGACGGUCCUUAAAUCUCAGAGGGAAAGCCAGCAUGAUGAGGAUGGUGAAUCGGAUGCAGUUGCUAAGCAGCAGGCUGCAGUAGAUGAGGUCCUCUACCAUGCUAUGGUACGUCUGGAUACAGAACUGAACAAGAAGGAGAAAGACAGCCCAGAGGAAACAGAGAUUGAGGUCAAUCUCCUGGCCCGUUUGGAACAAGUUCUGGAAUACUGUUCCCAUCGCCUUGGCAACAAGAUCAUCUCACUAGAAGUUCUACUUCUCCUUUCAGUGGUCCUAGACCCUAACGCAAGCUUCAACAAGGCAGAUACAUGGUCAUCUCGCUCCUCUUUCUCAAAGAGUUCGGUGCUAGCACAGCUGAUCAACCACUUUGGUGCAUGUAGAGGGUUCGAGCAGGUGAGGCAGAGACUGCGUCAGGCCAGGGAUCUCAGUAUUGCUCAUCUAGCAGCUCUCUUGAGGCCUUUUGGACAGUGUUACCAGCAGCUUACAGCCGAUACAAUCAAAAGCUACUUCCUUCCCACUGUGGAUGCAGUAUGUUCUCAUCUAUUGUCAUGUUCAGACCGACAGUUAUUUCAACAAGACAUUCAGAUUGGAGAGUUACCGGCCACCUAUCUUGUAGGGCCUCGGGCAGCAUACGUCAUAGUGGAGGCUGUAAUGAAUCUACUGUCGGCUGUAAAAUCAGAAGAAUCAGAAGCAGAGGUCAAAGUUCAGUAUUGGCAGGACACCAUCCUCACAAGGUUAAAGCAUGCUUUAGAGGAUGAGGUUAGCUCCGGUGAAUGUUCACCCUCAGGAGGUACCGGGCAUGGCCAGAGUGGUACCUCUAGCCCCCAGGGACAGGUGGCAUCAAGACGAACCUCCAGGGAAAGCCAGAAAGAUGUCUCUACACCAGGCUCUAUCAAUGAAGGUGAAUACGACAUCAAGUCACCUACCAGCCUAAGCAGUAGAUCCUGUCAGACCCUGCCUUACGUGGUAGACUCAGUCCAGCAGGACACCUUAGAUCUGAUUGAACGUCUAGCCAAGGAGAACGGCACUGCUCCAUUCAAAGACCCUCUAACAACACCACAAAGCCCUACGGAAUCAUGCUCCGACUCCGGCACGAUACCCGACCCCACAGACUUCCCCCCUGCCUCUCAGCAGAUGAUCACCAUCGACAUCGAACCGCCAUCUCCCCGACCUCCGCACGCAUCCACGCUAACCAUGGACGCCACCUUCGAUCUCGAUGCGCCGUCGACGUCAUACGGGAUCGUUGAUCGCCCCAGUCAGUUCCCGUUUGACCGCAUGCAGCCGGAGUUGGUGUCUAACGAUGUAAUUGUUUGGAACCAGGGGCGUCCGUGCCCCUCCUUGGCCUGUGGGUCCGGUAACCCAAUGGAGGGUAAACACAUUCCGUUAGGGUUUGGGCUGGAUUCCAGCGACACAUCAUCCAUGGUGUCGAUGACGUCUGUAGCAAGGUCGGCCAGUGAGCUGGGCACAACAUGUAGGGUUUGCUUUGAAGGGGAGACAUCAUCUAAGAACAGGCUCAUCAGACCUUGCAGAUGUACCGGGUCAGCAGCUAGUAUUCAUCGUCAAUGCCUGGUCAAAUGGAUCCAGAUAUCUGGUAACAGAACGUGUGAGGUAUGUGGCGCACGCUUCAGUUAUGUGCCUCUCUCAGAACACAUGCGAGGGGUCAUGGAUAAAUUCAGGUCAAAUCGGAGAUGGAGGAACGUUGCAUUUGCUGUCCUGGUGGGACUGGUGGUCAUUCUCUAUCUCAUCAUCUUUGCUGUGUUUCCUGGUGGCAUAAUGAACAAUUAACCCCACCCCAAUCUCCAUCCCAGCAACCCCCUACCCCGCCCUCUCUUUCUUAUUUUAUUUUAAACUAAUGCAUAUUAAGUGAGGUUAUACUAGAUAUCUAACCCUAUCCUUACUAUGGAAGAUAUUCGAUGUAUGUAGUCAAUGGCGAGUCUGGAUUUGUGGUUGCAGGGAAGAUGGGAUGUAUAAAAUGACCUAGGAAGAUACAUGCGCUGAAGAACCUGUCUAUAAAGUCCAUAUGGGAGGUAUUCCAAAUGGUCUAGUCCAAAUAGACAGGUUUGAGUGUAUUGGAGACAGGACUUUAUAGAGAGGUGGAAAGUACAGUAUAACCUGCAUUAGUGGCCACCUGUCGAGAAAGGCCGCAUGUCUGUCGCAGGGGAGUUGGGAUACCUAUCCAAAGUGGCCCAAAUUCUGCAAUGGCACAGGAGAUAUCAUUCAAAGACAUUGGGAAUGGAUACCCUGCAGGUUAACUACAUGUAUGUGUGGUCAUAAACAGGUAUCUUGGACCACAUGCAGCGUCGCAACUGUGCCGGCUGUUUGCUCCACCUUCAUGCAUUCAAGGAGAGCAUCUACAUGCGUCUUGGCUUCCUCGGUUCCCAGAGGAUAAUGAACGUUUAUUGCUGAAGGAUGUGACUACUGCAACACAGUGGUUUGUGCCAUAUGUAUGCCUGGGUGAAGAGUAUCAAAAGAAAAGAAAUGCCUACAUAAUGUUCAGUAUUUUGUGCAUUACAGUUUAGAUCUCAUGCAAGCUAUUGUGUAGAUAGACUAGUUGCAUCUUAUUCAAUAUGAUGCUUAAGAAGCAAUGUCAUCGUAGUAAAGAUAUGCUACAUGUAUUUAGUGGCAUGUUGGUUGGUCAGUUUGGCGUUUCAUUUGGUCAUUAGACUUUAUUUAAUGUGUUAUUUUGCAAGGGUCAAGUCAGUUGUUGUAAAGUACUAAAGUUGUUAGCCAGAUGUCUGUGAAGAAGACAUCUUGUUUUCUUGCCAGUGUUGUAUUAAACGGGAAGAGGGUUUUGUGCAUUCUGAGUCUGCAGUACAGUGUAAAAUAACGGGAAAAGAAAGGAGUGCAAGUUUCCAAAAUGUAAUCCGGGGCCCUGCUGUAUAAUUCUUGUAUUUUCUUACCUUAUAACUUCAAGGUACAGUGUUUAUUAUUAAUAAUGUGCAGUGAAAUCGCAUUUUGAGACCAGAAAGUUGAUAUAAAGUGUUUUCAUUUAUUUAUUUUAUUUAUUUUUUGUCAAAAAGAUUUUGUUGCUGUUGAUGGGAUACCCCAUGUGAAUGUGCAAAAUUGCAGUGAAACAGUGAUUGCAUAUAUAGAUGGAUAUCAAAUAGUACUAAGAAGAACAUACACAGAUAUGAAUAUAUGGGACUACGUACUAAAAAUGGUUCUCAUGGGCCUAUCAAUAUUGAAAUAUGACCCUAAUUCAAAAGCAAUCCUUCUCAUGGUGGUACAUUUGCUAUUUUUGUCAAUAUAGGGUUUUUAAAAAGAUGGAUAAUAAGGCUCAUAAUUUUUGUUUUGUACCUGCAAGAACAUGUAUAUCAGUACUUUAAUAUAGCCUUUUAAUGCAAUCAAGCAAAACUUGAUGUUAAUUAGGUCUCUACUUUACAUGGGUAAUGAGUAGAUCUGAUUGGUUGAUAUUUAAUUGCUUGAAACCGAAUGCAUUCAUUAAAUGCAUUUAAUAAAUACAUUUACAAGUUAUUCAGUAGGGCCCUUGAUGGAAUUGAAAUAGAGAAUGAUAGAGAAGUAGGAUGUAAUGGACAAAAAGGCUGAAAUAUGAACCAUAUACUGUAAGAUGGAUACCGUAAGAUGGAUAAAGUAACGGAGCAAAAUGCUUACUUUUGGUUAAAAGCUUCCACUUUUAAUGUAAAGGAGAUGGAUUUAUAUAUUUCACUAAGGGUCUAGUAUAUUUAAGAAGAGUAAGGUAUUCAACAGACAUCUAUUGUGGACAAGAAGAUAAAUGCAAGGUAUUUUAUAAAAAGGGGAGAAGAUAAAAGCAAGGUAUUUAAGAUAAAUUCAAGGUAUUUUAUAAGAAGGGGGGAGAAGAUGAAAUCAAGAUAUUUUAUAAGAAGGGGCAAGAAGAUAAAAGCAAGGUAUGUU